CUGAAGAAAUAAUAUUCAGCCCGUACUAAUGUAUACGACAGAGGCCCGUUCCAUUUCGGGCGUCAAGGCGGCGCUUAUGGUAUUUGAAUGUCUCAGAAUGGCCUUGUUGACUUUUGCCCUAUAUCGAUUUUCGUGCUUAAAUAUCCUGACCUGGAAUCCAGCUUUGGGUUCGAAAUGAUGCGGUAGUCUCCUACGCAGACUGGCAUUCUUAUACCUAAUAUGAAUAUAUUUUCGAAAAUCCGCAACGAUCUUGCAUUGCGCAAUGCAUCAAUCUACGCACAGUGGUUCGGCGUCCUCUCGGCUAUUGCCUUCAUAGUGACAAGAGUCGUCUGGCUCAUCACGUCUGGCUUUCCUAUUGAGCUAGCCACCUUAGUUAAGAUCGCGGACAUGAUUAUCUUCCCGGUGAUGGUACUCUCAGUAGAACUGAUCGCUGUAUUCCGCGGGCGGUGGGGCUUCUACUUGGGUAGUUCUUGGUGCACCAUACGCGUUAUCCUCGACUUCGUAUUCCACACCCUCGAGGUCGCAAACAAAACCCCCGCUUCGCCGGAAAUCUAUGCCUAUCUCUCCUUUGCCGCUUCCAUCGUCGUGGAAAUCGGGACUCUACACCUACUCAUCUUCCUAGCCCGCGUGCGGACCUUCGACUCCGUCUGCACACGCUCCUGGCUGUACCUAGCGUACACGGCGGCGCUCAUCUGCGGCGCCCGGGGCCGCCCCUUCGGCCCGGCGUACCACCUGUCCUGGCCCGAGCUGCAGCGUGCAUUGUCAUCAGCCCAACGCGGUCCCCAGUUCUUGGCGUGGAUUCUGCAGCGGCUGCUCCAGCCGCCGGAGGUGUUGUCCACCCUGGCCUUUUUGUCGUACUGGGUCGCCGCGUUGGUCGGCCACGAGCAUGCGUUUAGUCGGACGCUGGGGGGGCCGGGAGUCGAGCGUUUGACGUUUUGGCAGUUUGGACAGGGGCCAAGGGUGGACUCUAUGAGUCGGGACGAAGGACGGAUCAGGCUACCUUGAUCCAUCUUCGCCGCAAUUGUGGUUGCAUUUACGCAUAGCGAUAUUUUGGACGAUAUUUUGGAUAUCUAACUUUCGCCGAUAUGAAAAAGACGAUUUUUUUUUUGGUUUAGACAAAUUUUGGAAUACGAUGGAUGAGAAGCGGGCCGUUUAAAACUUUAUAUAACUACAUGCACGUGGGAAAUCGAUAUCGAGCUUGUAUGUCGUUGGAGGUGACGCAAGGGAUGCGCUGUGUAACUCAGCCGCCAACAGUCUCGGGACCAUACCAUAUCAUAGAACGAUAAGCUUGAAUCGUUGGUAUGUUUUAUUAGUACCUACGUGACGACCUAGGAACAUUUAUAUAAUAUGUAUAUAGAGAGUUCUGAAAAACAAACUCUUCAUUCGUUUUUUUCAUCACCAUCACCACCGGACAUCCUCUAGGCUAGAAUAUCAUAUGUAUGAAGGCUUGCCAAUUCUAGCACCCCCUCUCAAAAGCAACAUCUAAUAAAUGACCUCCUUGCCUCCUCCCCUUUUUUUAUCCCCCCUCUAAAACUAAGCACCAGCUUAUCUCCUCGAGCCGCCAAUGUCCUGUCCCACGCGGUAACUCGC